AUGGAGCGGCGCGAUAGCGAUGCCCCUAGUGGGCGCAAUGUGCCCGAGCCCAUGUACAGUCUCGGCCUUAACCAUAGCAACUCGAGCAUAUUUGAGGAUGUCGAGAUGGCGCAUGACGAGUUGUAUGCUGGCCCCAUUGCCGAGAGCUUGCCUACGAGCCUCUCUGCCUUCUCUCAUCGUCGCCAGCGGGCCGAUUCGAUGGCAAGCUUUGCGUACUAUAACGAAGAGGAGAACGAGUCAGGCCCUCGGCUCAUGUUCGAAGAAGACGGGGCAGUACCGUUUGACCUGGACGAGACCCCCUUUGAUCUCGACGAGGACGAGGAGGGAGACCCGGAAGUCCAACUCGAGAAUGGGCAUUCGUACGAAGAUUACGCGCUGCGCAGGAGGUCCUCAACCAACUCGAGGGGCUCCGUCCAUGCUAGACUUCUCCGAACCGAGAGCGGAGUGACAGAUGUCAGCGGCCUCCGCGAUCACGGCAGAGUUAGUCAGAAAUUGCACAUGGUGAAUGAGGAUCUCACUAUCGUGAUAGCUGGCUUUCGCACGAGCAGACCUGGCUACGCUGCGUACCUCAUUCUGUGCGCCGUAACGUUGGGAUUUGCAUAUCUUCUCCUGCGGUGGCUCCCACGAUGGCAGGUGAAGUUGAUUGGCAGGCCGUGUCCGCUUCACGACAGCCAGUGGGUAGUCCUCGAGAAUCAAUGGGGCGAGAUGGCCAUCCUCAAUGUACAUGUGCAGCCCUACAACCGACCCCUUUCAACUGUAUUUGGGACUCCGGAAAAGAUUUUUGCCCAAUUGCUAGAAGAUGAUGCCGAUCCGCUACUUCCCGAGCUACGGGUCCUCAACUACCGAUACGUGCGCUUCUUCUACCACCCUCUCAAGGAUAAAUUUGUCCUUUGUAAUGGGUGGCGAGACCCGGCGUGGAACCAUGUUCGGGACCUCCGUGCGGGUAUCGACAGCGAGGAGAAGGAACAUAGAGAACAUGUCUUUGGAACCAACCUCAUUAACAUUGAGCAGAAGUCUAUCUACCAGCUUCUUGUGGACGAAGUCUUCCACCCAUUCUACGUCUUCCAGAUAGCAAGUUUGGUCCUCUGGUCUCUUGACGAAUACUACUACUAUGCCGUCUGUAUCUUCGUCAUGUCGGCGGGCAGCAUAAUAGCAACCCUGGUGGAAACGCGCGCCACCCUGCGACGUCUUCGCGAUAUCUCUCGUUUCGAGUGCGAGGUACGAGUCCUUCGCAACGGUUUCUGGGCCAGCGUCUCUUCGAGCGACUUAGUCCCUGGGGACGUCUACGAGAUCAGCGAUCCCAGCCUUUCGCAGUUCCCAAGUGACAGCCUACUUCUGAGCGGGGAUUGCAUUGUCAAUGAGAGCAUGCUCACAGGCGAAUCUGUCCCGGUUUCCAAGAUUCCCGCUACCGAUGAAACACUACAAAUCAUGAACCUCGCCGCCUCGACGAUCUCGCCUGAAGCCGCUCGCCACUUUCUCUUCUGCGGCACAAAAGUUAUUAGGGCAAGACGGCCACAGGAAAAUAGGGACGACGAGGGUGUCGCACUUGCAAUGGUUCUGAGAACCGGCUUUAACACGACCAAAGGUUCUCUUGUCCGGUCUAUGCUCUUCCCCAAACCGUCCGGGUUUAAAUUUUAUCGCGACUCCUUCCGGUACAUAUCCGUGAUGGGAUGUGUGGCGCUUCUUGGGUUCGUUGUGUCUUUCGUCAACUUCCUUCGCCUCGGACUAUCCUGGCACCUGAUAGUUGUGAGAGCAUUGGACCUGAUAACUAUCGUCGUUCCGCCGGCCCUCCCGGCUACACUUGCGAUAGGGACAAAUUUCGCUUUGAGUCGACUUAAGAAGAAGCAAAUAUUCUGCAUUAGUCCGCAGAGGGUAAACGUGGGCGGGAAGCUAGACGUUAUGUGUUUCGAUAAAACGGGCACCCUGACGGAGGACGGGCUGGAUAUUCUCGGUGUGCGGCUGGUGUCUCGAACGACGAACUGUUUUGACGAUGUCAUUGCUAAGGCGGCGGGCCUAGUCCCUCGCUCCAGUCUGGAUGCAGGACCGGGUGAUAAAUACGACAUAAAUCGUGCUGCAUUAUUCACAAUGGCCACUUGCCAUUCCCUUCGCUCCGUCGAGGGCGAACUCAUCGGCGAUCCGUUAGAUGUUAAGAUGUUCGAAUUUACCGGAUGGACCUUCGAGGAGGGCAAUCAAGGUGGGACCGAUCAGGAAGAUGAGGAACAGGGCGGGCUAUCUCCCCCGGUCGCCAGACCUCCCCCCGUACCCAUGUAUGAUACGGAUGACUACGGAGCGACUCGGGGGCAGAACCCGCCGAUCGAACUUGGGGUGUUGAGGACCUUUGAAUUCGUCUCCCAGCUACGGAGGGCCAGCGUAAUCGUGCGGGUGUUUGGCCGGCAGAGUGCCAGCAUAUAUGUCAAAGGGGCACCGGAAUGUAUGCGGGAUAUAUGCCGUCCUGAGAGCUUCCCGACCGACUAUAACGAGCUCCUGUCAUAUUAUACACACAAGGGAUAUCGAGUCAUCGCCUGUGCCACGAAGCAUAUAAAAAGGCUAUCUUGGGUAAAAUCUCAAAAAAUGAAACGUGACGAGGUCGAGUCAGAUCUUGACUUCGUCGGGUUCAUCAUUUUCGAGAACAAGCUGAAGCCAACGACAACCACAGUGAUCAAGGAGCUUACCCAGUCGAAUAUCGGCUCCAUCAUGGUCACCGGUGACAACAUCUUAACUGCUAUCAGCGUGGCUAGGAAUUGCGGCCUCGUGGAGAAUGAUGCACAUUGUUUUGUUCCCCAUUUCGCCGAAGGAAACUCGCGCGACCCAAACGCCCGCUUGCAGUGGGAAAGCAUCGACGAUGUGAUAUACGAACUGGAUAGUCGGACUCUACUCCCGCUCCCGGUUCCUCCGGAGCGUGAUGUUUCGUUGCCAUAUGAUAUAACGAACUUAAGGAAUUACUCUCUUGCGAUAAGCGGGGAUGUCUUCCGAUGGAUAGUCGACUUCGCCCCGAACGAAGUCAUGCAGCGAAUGCUCGUCCGUGGCAAAGUCUUCGCACGCAUGUCUCCAGAUGAGAAACACGAACUUGUCGAGAAGCUCCAAAGCAUCGGCUACUGCUGCGGGUUUUGCGGGGACGGGGCUAACGAUUGUGGCGCUCUCAAAGCCGCAGAUGUUGGAAUCUCCCUCUCGGAGGCGGAAGCAUCCGUAGCCGCCCCGUUCACAUCGAGGGUGUUCGAUAUUCGAUGUGUUCCUGAUGUGAUUCGAGAAGGACGAGCCGCUCUAGUGACUAGUUUCAGUUGCUUCAAGUUUAUGAGCCUCUAUUCCGCUAUUCAGUUCACCUCUGUCAGCUUUCUCUAUGCUUCGGCUUCGAACCUCGGAGAUUUUCAGUUUCUCUUCAUCGAUAUCCUCCUUAUAUUGCCAAUUGCUAUCUUCAUGGGCUGGUCAGGGCCGUUUCCGGUUCUCAGCAGGAGGCGACCGACUGCAAACCUGGUGUCGAGAAAGGUCCUUACCCCUUUACUGGGUCAGGUAGCCAUCUGCAUACUUAUACAGGCUGCUGCAUGGCAUAUUGUUCGGCAGCAGAGCUGGUAUAAGCCGCCGCAUAUCAACCCAGAGAAGUCCAACAUCCGAAACUCGGAGAAUACGGCCCUGUUCCUCGUCUCCUGCUUCGAGUAUAUUUUUAUCGGCAUCGUCCUCAACGCCGGACGCCCGUUCCGACAACCCAUAAUUCGAAACUGGCCGUUCAUGACCACCAUUUUCGCGUCGCUUACCUUAACAAUCUAUCUGAUUCUCGCACCAGGGCCCCGCGUCCGGGCGCUCAUGCAGCUGACCAAGAUCAGCCCGUCUUUUGAGCUCACGCUGCUGGCCCUCGGCGCCGCGUACCUGGGCGCCGCGUGGGUCGGCGAGCACUACGUUUUCCCGGGCCUUGCUCGGGUGAUCGGCCGCGUAACGCUAGCCCUGGCGGGCGCGCCGAAGAAGAGAAAGGAGUACAAGGACAUCCUCGAGCGGAUGGAGAGCUGA